UAUGUGGUAGGAAGGAGUUUGUUCACUAAGUUCAUGUGCAGAUUUGACUGACAACGUUCUCUCCCUAGUGAAGGAUUCCUGAAAGAUUUGUUGGUCGGUACACUCGAGGCAGAGAUGAACAAAGAACAAGAUGUUUGAAUUUCAUUCAUUUUCCACAUUUUGAUCACCACAAUUUCCUUCUACAGGACAGCAAAAAAAAAAAAAAAAAGACCAAAAAUGGCUACAACAGCAGCGAAUACCCAAAGACAAACAAUAGGCUGCGAGGAAUACAAUCUGUACAGCAGCAUGAGUGAGGACGAGCUGAUCAACAUGGCCAUCCAGCAGAGCCUGGGGGAAGAUCCGGUGGGCCAGGCAGCCGCCCAGGGCCACCCAAAGCCACUGGGAGGGGGUCCCAGUGAGGCAGCUGCCCCCAUCCGUGCCAACAGCCACAACCCUCCCUACCACCUCUACCCUUGGCAAAGAUUGGCAGCCAGAGGCCGCAUUCAGCCGCCCAACGCAGGGGCAGCCUGGGCAGUCAGGCGAAGGUACGACGGCAGCCUCUGCAGCACAGCCCAGCCCAUAGAACUUGACCCUGUGGUAGCAGCGAUCAGGGAUGGAGAUGAAAAAGAGAUCUGCAACAUGAUGAAAUCAGGAAAAGACCUUUCUGAACCUAAUAAGGAUGGCUGGUUACCCCUCCAUGAAGCUGCAUACUAUGGCCAAGUGGGUUGCCUGCGCCUGUUGCAAAAAGCAUACCCUGGCACGAUUGACCAGCGCACCCUCAAUGAGGAGACAGCUCUAUUCCUGGCCACCAGCCGGGGCAACAUGGACUGCUUGCUUGCCCUGCUGCAGGCUGGGGCUGAGCCUGACAUCUCCAACAAGGCCAGAGAAACUCCCCUCUACAAAGCCUGUGAGCGCAAGAAUGCAGAGGCUGCAAGACUCCUGGUACAGUACAAUGCUGAUACCAACCACCGCUGCAAUCGAGGAUGGACUGCUCUCCAUGAGGCUGUCUCCAGAAAUGACCUGGAGAUUAUGGAUAUCCUGGUAAAAGGAGGUGCCAAGAUUGAGUCUACAAAUUCCUAUGGGAUCACUUCUUUAUUUGUGGCAGCUGAGAGUGGGCAGUUGGAAGCUCUGAGAUACCUGGCAAAAUGUGGUGCUGAUAUAAAUACUCAAGCCUGUGAUAGUGCUUCUGCUCUUUAUGAAGCCUGUAAAAAUGGACAUGUACAUAUUGUAGAGUUUCUUUUGUCCCAAGGAGCUGACGCUAACAAAGCCAAUAAGGAUGGCCUCCUACCUCUUCACAUAGCAGCCAAGAAGGGAAUUUGCGAGAUUGUCUCCAUGCUGAUCCCUGUGACUAGUCGCAUCCGUAUCAAGCGCAGUGGCAUCAGUCCCCUGCAUUUAGCAGCUGAACGCAACAAUGACGACAUCUUGGAAGAGCUAAUUGAUGCUGGCUAUGAGGUGAACACCACCCUCUCCAAUGAACGGUCCUGCCUUUACGAGGACAGACGCACCACACCUCUCUAUUUUGCUGUUUUUAACAACAAUAUCUAUGCCACAGAGCUCCUGUUGCAAGCUGGAGCCAACCCUAACAUUGACCUCAUCAACCCACUGCUUAUCUCCAUACGCCAUGGUUGCCUGAAGACAAUGAAACUGCUUCUCGAUCAUGGAGCAAACAUUGAUGCCUAUAUUUCAAGCCAUCCCACCACAUUUCCAGCUACCAUCAUGUUUUCAAUGAAGUACCUUUCUGUGCUGAAGUAUCUCCUGGAUCUUGGCUGUGAUGCUGUUUCCUGUUUUCAAUGCCAGUAUGGAAACUGCCCACACCCUGCUUUAAAUUACAGGCGGGACAGAUUUAAUGAUCCUCAGCUGUCCAAAGAACCAACCAUAACGCAGUUUUGUGAUAUGGUGUCUACUCCAGAGAUAAGUCGCUGGGCUGGGCCAAUUAUUGAUGUUCUCCUGGAUUAUGUGGGUAAUGUCCAGCUCUGUUCCCGGCUCAAGGAGCAUAUAGACAGCUAUGAGGACUGGGCUGUCAUUAAAGAAAAAGCAGAGCCUCCACGACCGCUUGCCCAUCUUUGCCGUGUCAAGGUACGAAGCUUGAUUGGAAGAAACCGCAUUAAACUUAUUGACACAUUGCCUCUUCCAUGCAGACUGAUUCGAUACUUACAGCAUGAUUACACACAGUGACCUCAAGCAUGGUGGACUGUCAGCAGCUUCCUGGUAUGGCACUCAGAGUCAUCAGCAUGACAGUGGCACACACCAAGCUGCUGGCUUGGUCAAGUGCCUUCCAAUGACUAAUCUACAAGAAAUAAGCUUCUGGAGUGAGAGUGAGAAGAAAAAGGAGUGGACAUCUAAACAUCGGGUUUUACAGGAGGAAGCACAUGUGAUUCACCUCAGAGCUUGGUCAGCAAAGAAAAAGAAGUGAAAGUGAAGGCUGAAAAAUGAGUAGCGCUGAAGCAAGUACCAGUGAGGGUAUUCACUGACCUGGGGUCUGGUGGAGCUUAGCAUCCUUGCUGUGGUCACAAUUCAGAAGCUGUUAGAGUCAAAAUAUUUGGGAAAACAACUACAUUUCAUUCACUGACAGAUUUUUAUUUUAGUUUCUACUCUGUGUUUUGGAUUUCUGUUCAGUGUGCUGGUUGCUAAUUCUCUGAUAGUUUGACACUGUCUUACUAACAAUUUUUUGGACCUUUCUCAGUAGAGUACUUGAUUUCUGAACAUUCAAAGCUCAGAACUUUUACCUAUACUCAGAUGUGCAGAUUCCUUUAAAAGCCAAGGAAAGCUUUAUUGAAGGAGGAUGUAAGAACUGUAUUUACACCUAGCAAAUACAGUUCAAGUUGUAUUACAUAAGAAGGCAGUGAAAUUAGUGAAAUUCUGCUUGAGAUAAUUUUCUGUAUUUUCUGAUUUUCUAUACUGGGGAUUUGAAAGCAACUCAUAUAUAUAUAUAUUUCUUUUCUGUAAAUUAGAAGUAGCUGUACUGUAAACAGUAGCUAUGGUCUGUCAUGAAGCUGGUAUCUGAACAGAACAAAGUCCUAGAGGAGCAUGGGCAGUGAUGAAGAAGAAAGGCAAGAUACACAGGGAACAGCAACACUGCUACACUAACUUUAUCUAUUGUUCCACUAGAGGAUCUUUUCCCUAUGUAACUCAGCCUCUCUUACUUUCUUGACUUCUGUGACUAUAACAAUACUAUGACUGAAAGAAAAAAAAGAGGUUAUUUCAAGAUGAUGAGACUUCGAGAUUUAUGAAAACAAAUGCCCAGAAUUUAGCUCUGAAUCUUUAUUCAGGUGCCUAAACGAUGCCAAGAUUCUUGUGCCAGGUGUAAUUACGUUGAAGCCAGUGGGACAGCUCUGGUGUCAGAUACUACUGAGGCAGAAUAAGUCUUAGGAUUUAGCCUUGAAUUUCUUGACUUCGGAAGUUAGAAGUAUCUAUUAGUUCUUUUGACAUUGAUGAAAGUUAUUAUCUCAGCUUCUUUGAAAAUUAGGUCACCUAUUUACAGCUCAGAUACACAACUGAUUUAUGGCAGCUUAACAAGUUGCCAUCUAUCAGCUGAACCGCUAUAAUUGUCCGUGAAAUUCUUUUAUUGAAGUUUUUAACAAGUCACAUUCCCUCACAGCUGGGGAGACUGAGGAGCCCACGAAUGGUUAUUGGCAGUGACUACAGCUCACUUGACAGGUGUGACUUGCUGAACCACUGAAAUUUAAUGAAUGCCUCGGUCCUGAUUAGGCGCCUAAGUAAGGAUGGAAGAACCUAAUUUUGGAAUCAUGUCUUGGCAGAUCUUAUUCUAGAAGCAUACCCAUUCUUACCUUAGGUGACAUAAGAGCUGUGAAGUAGGGAUUGUUUUGAUUCUCCACCAGAGACUUGACAGAUCUGUUAUUGUUUGUUGACCUGCAUACUAUGAAAUGAGAUAGAAAUAUAAGUAGGGAAAAUGCACUGGACUGACUUUGUAUGUGGUUUCACAACUUAACACAGCACUAAAAGUGUGUUGCACACACACAGGCCUAUCUGGGCACAAAAGUCCAGAUUCUGUGAUGGCUUUGUGUGAAAUGCAUUCAGCACUCAUGGGAUAGGAUGUGAGUGGAAGCAGAAAUGGUCACAGCUAAGGGCACUGUCCAUAGCUGUCCUCUUCCCAAAUGCAAAAGCAGUUGAAAAAAACAACAGUUUCAAUUCUCACUGAACUGUGAUCUUCUUGCAAAGCUUUUCAAAUAGGAUGAAAUUCCUCCACUGUUAAAAUUCCAUCACUAUCAGGGUCUGCUUCCUUGUCCUGAAGUGUGAACUCCACCUCUUACAGGAGGAGUGAGGUCUCUGGAGGUACAGUGCCACCUACCCAGUAGGGCCAUUCAGAAGAUGGAGUCUCUCCAUGACACCAGUUAGGAACUGGCCACCACUGCUGACCAUACAGAGAAGAACUGGUUAAGCAGCCCUCUGAAGCACUCCUCCAGCCUUUGGGAGUCUGUAUUGCCAGUGAAGGAGCUGUAAUUAUAAUCAUAGAAUCACUGAAUAUCCCAAGUUGGACAUGACUCAUAUGGAUCAUUGAGUACAACUCCUAGCUCCACACAGAACUGCCCAAAAAUUAGACUAUACAAUCGUAAGUGAUAGUUUGAGAAAUGGAAAGUCGUGUGUGGAAUUAUUGCAUCCCUUAGCUAAUGGGGCUGAGCAGUGAAGGUCCGGGUCUUACUCACAUUUAUAUAAAUCAGAAGAAAUACUGUUGAAAUUAAAUAAGCGUAAUAGAACAGCGUUGCAGGUGGUGGAUACUGAGCAUGGCCUGGUGGAGACCAUUUAGGUAAGCAUUUGUUUGGUGUGCAGUGUCAGCUCUGGAGACUGCUAGCUGACAGAAGGAUUUGAAAUCACCAGCUGCAGGGAUGAGAUUUCAUAAACCAUCCCAAACUGGGAAUUUUCUCUGAACCAACAUCGUUAUGUACACAAAAGUCUCAUGAAUAACAGCUUCUUUUUAUGUCCUUGGACAAGAUGAAACUGGUCUUGGGUGGAGCAAAUACAGAAAGUCCGUUUCUUCUAUCCGCCAAGAGACCUUCAUCUUUGCUGAGAGACUCAUAUCCUGGUUGCUCUCAGCUGUCUGUCCUGAGCAGCAGCCACUGACCUGAUGUGAGCAUACCACAGCUGUGAGAUGGGUGAGGGCACACAGUGUGUACAGCAACUGAGGAGAGAUGUAUGUUAGAGGGAGAGCCUAGUAAUUACAUUAUUAUGCCCUUUCUUCUUGAUCUUUACUGCAAACCUUCACUCAGUCAGUUUACAUUUAUUUGCACUGAAAUGGAGCCAACUACCUCUCCUACACUCCAGUCACUGGCACAAUGUUUAAUGUGUGAUGCUGAAUCUGUACAAAUGUGAUGAGCAUUUACUGCAUCUGUCUAAAACUGUGAUAAGAUAAAUACCCAACAUCCCAAGCAAACUAGGCUUUGUAAGCAGAUCAGUAGUUCCAGCUCCUUCAGAGAUUAUAACUUUUUGUGAUAUACUAUAGGAAUAUUUCAUGACCAGGUUACUGUACUUUAUCCUACUGCAACAUGUGCAAUUCACUUUAUGUUUGUGUGCACUAUUUUGCUUUUUAUUUUAUUUUAUACAAAAGAUUUUCAUUUACCAUUAUUUAUGAAAGCUAUUGUAGUUUUAACAGUUUAAAUUUGCACUGUUGUAGUAAACAGCAGUUCUUGAUUGUUAUGUUUCCAUCUUUCCAACAAAGUAUGAAUUAAACAAUUAGAUUCUAAAGGGUUAUCAGCUGUCCUGAAUAGCAAAAUUAAACAACUAAACAGUAGAACAGCCAGGAAAAGUAUGAAUUGAUCCAAGCUUGCACAAUUAAUAAUUUUGAUAGCAGUCUCAGGGGUGAGAGAAUAGUAAAUAUUGGUAGAGAGACAGUUGUUAUUCUUUGCACACCUUUUGAAAUGUCUAACGCAUCUGCAUUCUAUGAUUUUGAAUGUACUUAGCAACUGGCUUCUGAUCAUUCAUGUUUUAUUUCACUGAUGCUCCAGCUCAGAGCCCCAAGGGUCACCUCCUGCCCUGUGCUGGGGAAGGAAGAAGCCCUAUGUCACAGUGGAAUGUAAGGAUUUUAAAACAUAAUACUGGCCUGAAUCUGAGGGUAAAUUGAUAAAUAUAAGCAUGCUGGAGAUCACUUGGAACAACCUGGAUCUAUCCUUUAGCUUCAUUUAAAAGCAGGCUGUGCUGUUACAUCAAAAUUGCAGCAAAACGUAUUUAAAUAAACACUUCA